UGCAAUCCAGAUUGUCUGCACACUCUCUACUGCUGUCGCGUUGACUCUGCGACUCCCGCCAAGUUGAAAACCAGUCGGAUUAGUCUGGGAAAACAACUCUCGGGUGGAUAUCGGUUUCCAAAUCGGCCUGAUGAAGCUCACGACGUUAGGGGUGACUGCCACCUCGGCCGUCCUCCUUUUGGCGACUGGACCAUGUCUGGCGACCGCAGGACACCGGAAUCAUCACAAGAGACAUAACCGUGGCCAUACCCUCACCACGCGAGAGACGGAUGUCGUGAAGGAUCGAUCACUUGAAACGUGCGCGUUCCCAUCAGGCAAAGGAUUAGUGGCCAUCACUCCUGGAAGCUUGAAUGAAGGUUGGGCUCUGAGUCCGGAUCAGAAGUGCUCAUGCGGCAGCUACUGCCCAUACGCCUGCCCACCGGGCCAAGUCAUGGCGCAAUGGAAGCCAGGAUCUAACUACGACUCCACCGAUCGCAUGGCUGGUGGCCUUUAUUGUGACCUUGACGGCACCCUGUCCAAGCCAUUCGAUAACAAGCCAUUUUGCGUCGAUGGUACGGGUACGGUCAAAGCGAAGAACACGGCUGGAAGCGUUGUUUCCUUCUGCCAGACAGUCCUGCCCGGCAACGAGGAUAUCAUUAUUCCGACCGAAGUAUACGAUGAGGCUACUCUUGCCGUUCCCGACCCCAGUUACUGGGCCAGCACCGCAGCACACUACUACAUCAAUGCUCCCGGAGUCAGCGCCGAUAAGGGCUGCCACUGGGGUGACGAUUCUACCCCCAUUGGGAAUUGGGCGCCCUAUGUCGCUGGGGCCAAUACCGAUGACGCAGGAAUGACCUUUGUCAAGCUAGGCUUGAACCCCAUCUGGCAAAGCUCUUCGUUGUUCUCCACGAAGCCAACUUUCGCCAUGAAGAUUGAAUGUCCGAGUGCAGACUGUGUUGGACUGCCUUGCAAGAUCGACGGCAACGGAGUUACGAGCGACGAGAAGGCAACUGGCGCUGGUGGUUCCGACUUUUGCGUUGUGACAGUCCCAAGCGGUGGCUCUGCUAACAUUGUCGUCUAUAAUCUGGAUGGAUCCUCUGGGGACGCGGAGUCGGACGAGCCAGAAACAACUUCGGCUGCUUUGAAGAUACAGGAGGUCGAAACCACCACUUCCACCCCUGAGCCAUCAACGACAUCGACCACUUCGACGACGUCCUCGAGUACUUCAACAUCUACCACACCAACGUCUACUUCAACAUCGACUACUCCUACUUCGACUUCGACGUCAACGGUCGUCUCAACAACUUCUUCGUCGAAGAAACAGAGCACUACGACUACUAGCUCCUUCUCCAAGACCAGCUCCGCCCAGAGCUCUUCAUUCAGUGUGUCACCGUACCAUCACGGUGGCAUCUUCCAAGAAAACGGGACAGAAACCGACUCUGUGUCUCAGAUCGCUUCCACCACUUCGGCGCCGACUGCAGCCACAACUAGCACAGGGGAAGCCGCACCCUCCGAGUCAGAAAAGAACGACGGUGCUGCCCAGACUCAGGGUAACGGAGCCAUAGCCGGUCUAAUCAUUGCUCUCGUAGCUGCUGCUUGCAUCCUAUAGACGGCAAUGAUGAGCUGCGAUGCAAUGCCGGCGGGCAAAGAUAAUCUUUAUUGUUCAAUUCCUUUCCCAAGUACCGGGCACAUGAUCGACUCUGCCCCUUCAGACCCAGCCUCCGAACAGCUGGGCUUUUCGAUUCGACCUGAAUCUAAACGACUUGCUUUUUUGCCGCCGCCGGCCGCCAGUCCCUUCUCUGUGCCCUGAGUCCGGCACCC